AUGCAAUUAAAGGGUUGGUUCGUUGUUAUCACAUCGUUGGUGUCAAUUGUGCGUUCCGAGUUUACAAAUGCAAAUCAUUUAGAGACGAAAACAAGAUCUCGAGCGAUCUUGGAAGUUGCUGAAACUACACUGUUCAAAAAGUUCAUCCUGUGUGAGGAGGUUUCCAAUGGAUUGGCUUGUUUUAAUAGAUAUGGCGCUCAAUUAGUGAAAGAAACAGAAUCCAAGUUUGGCCGUGAUGGUGAUUCUAAACGUGUGUUUGGGUGUAUACAAAAAGUGCUGAAAGCAAAUAGAGUAUCAACGUUUUCAUUAGAAGUGUUAUCAUGCUUUGAUUACCUGACUACUCCAUCAAAUAUCGAUGAGUUCAAAUCAAAUGAAAGUCAACAACAAGAUGAACAGAUAAUCUGGGGGAUUUGGAAUAACAUUCCAAUAUGGAAAAUCAUUGGUUUUAUAGGUCUAGGAAUCUUUUAUUAUUCUCAAACAGAAUCGGAAAGCAUAGAGAAAACAGCUAGUGAUUCCAAAUUAGAAGACAAUAUAGUUCAAUCCACCGUUGCUGAGAAAGAUUCAAACAUCUCGAUACCAUGUGAUUGGAAUAGCGGGAAAGAGACUGGAUCAUCAAUGAUUCAAAAACAUUCUUCUCUUCCUGACGAAAAUUUUGAUGAAAAGGAGAAUUCAAUUGUUGAGAGUUCCGAGAUUAAACCAUGUUUGAUUGCAUUCAAUGGAUCUACAUUUGAUUUGAAUACCCCAGAAGGCAAAUUGAGAUGGAGAUCUCGAUUCCAAAAGCAAAAUUUAAACAUUUCAAAUCCAUCAGUCAACAACCAAAAUUCAACUGCAAACAAUCAAACAAAAUUACAAAAAGUCAAAUUGGAAAUUGAACCAGAAGUUAAACCAGAACAUAAAAAUGAUAAUUUAUUAAAACCUUUAUACAGCAUUGCAUCCAAAAUCAACAUUCCAAGAGAAAUUGACAUUGAGAAGGUAGAUAAACCAAAUAUUGGCAAUACACAGGACCAAUCAGAGACAGAGCCAUCACUGCACACUAACAGGGUAUUAAGAAAGGCAAGGACAGACUUGAAUGUUCAUAAUCCAGAAAAACCGGUUCCAUCGGUUUUAGACCAUCCAAUGAUUGAUAAGAAAGGUAAACCACUUAGACGUAUUUUCAUUCCAGGACGCGGUUGGGUUUCGGCCAAAGCAUUGGAACAAGAAAAGUUGGAAUUGAUUCGCCAAUUUGACUACCAACAAGUGGAACCAUCUGAAACUUUGAGUUAUUAA